AUGAUGGAGCAUGCAGAUGCUCCGGAGAAUGAAAAGGAUCGUCGGCCCUCAUGGUCUCAGUGUCAGCCACCCUCACAAAGCUCGCCUCCCGACCAUGUCGGCGAGCAGGUCUCAAUUCUCCGCGACCGAGAUGCCGAAAAGAUUCUGUCAUACGAUGCCGACGACUCGCCUUUCCCCGAGGUACGCGCAGUGAUCCAGCCCGUCGAUGACCUCGCCCUCCCGAUCAACACUGUUCGGAUGUGGAUAAUUGGUCUGGUGUUCACUAUUGUUGGAAGCGGAUUGAAUCAGUUCUUCAGCCUCCGCCAACCCAGUGUUACCAUUAGCUCCCUGGUAGCACAGCUGUUGGCGUUCCCCGUGGGCUGCGCCUGGGCUAGGUGGAUGCCGCUCGGAGUGAUUAACCCCGAUCGACACUUUAAUAUAAAAGAACAUGCGCUGAUCACGAUCAUGUCAAAUGUUUCCUUUGGCUCGGCCGCGGCCACUCAAGUCAUCGAGGCGGCGGUCAAAUUCUACGACAUGCCUUCGCAUGGGGGGUUCGAAGUGCUGUUGUGUAUUACCACGCAGCUUUUUGGAUUUGGACUAGCCGGUAUCACAGCUCGAUGGCUCGUCACACCCGCCUCGAUGGUAUGGCCGCAGGUUCUAUCCAACGCGGCGCUGCUCUCCACCCUCCAUUCUCGUGAAAAUGCUAUUGCUGAUGGUUGGCGUAUCACCCGGCUCCGCUUCUUUCUAUUCGUGUUCAUUGGAGGUGCGAUUUGGUACUUUGUACCUGGCUAUCUCUUCACAGGGCUAAGUACAUUCAGUUUCAUUUGCUGGAUUGUACCAGCCAAUGUGGUGGUGAAUCAGUUGUUUGGCCAAAUCACUGGACUAGGCAUGUCGGUCUUGACUUUUGAUUGGGCUCAGGUAGUCUAUGCCAACCAGAGCCCUCUCCUGGUACCCUUUUGGGCUGGACUCAACGUGAUGGGCUCAUUUAUGCUUUUCUUCUGGAUAAUAUGCCCCAUUAUCUACUACACCAACACCUGGUACUCGUCCUAUUUGCCCCUUCUCAACUCAAAUACGUUCGACAACACCGGACGGACCUAUGAUACGGGGCGUAUCAUGAAUGCGGAUGGGAGCGUGAAUCAAACAGCUUACCGUGACUAUUCUCCCAUGUUUCUUCCUGCGGGGUAUGCCAUCACAUUUGGGGUGGCUUUUGCCAAUCUUACGGGGAUCUUCUUCCACGUUGGCUUGUACCAUGGAAAAGACUUGUGGCAGCAAUGGAAAGGCACAGGCAAAGAGGAUAUCCAUGCUCGACUCAUGUCCGCCUACCAAAAGGUGCCCUGGUGGUGGUUCGGUGCAGUGACGGUGCUGAUGUUUAUCCUCAGCAUUGUUACGAACGAGGUCUGGAAUACAGGUCUCCCCGCUUGGGCAGUUUUAGUGGCCUUUUUGUUACCCGUGGUCUACUUUAUUCCUGUGGGAAUCAUCAAGGCUUUGACAAAUAUCAGUAGUAAUCAGUUGAAUCUGAUGACUGAGUUCCUUGGCGGCUAUGCCUUCCUCGGACGACCCCUCGCGAAUAUGGUUUUCAAAUUCUAUGGCUAUGUCGCCGUUCAGCAAGGCUUAGAAUUUGUUGCCGAUAUGAAGUUAGCGCACUACCUGCACAUUGCACCGCGCACUUUGUUUGUUGCCCAAGGUCUCGCUACUCUGGUCGGCGCGAUUGUUCAGUGCGGUGUUACCGUAUUCAUGAUCACUAAGAUUGACGGAGUCUGCACUUCUAACGCAGAAGGCAAUUUCACCUGUCCGCAUGGCCGAGUCACCUAUUCAUCUUCCCUCAUUUGGGGUGCGGUUGGGCCUGGUCGGCUUUUUUCCCCUGGUCAAAUAUACGGUAAUCUCCUAUGGUUCUUCCUUGUUGGGCCGGUGGUGGUCGUGUUCACGUAUCUCGUGGGCCGUCAUUGGAAACCAUUAAGCUAUUUGUCGUGGCCGGUGGCAUUUGGUGCAAUGAGUCUAGUUCCGCCGGCCACCGGAGUGAGCUUUUCUUCAUGGUGGGCUAUUAAUGUCAUUUUCAAUGGUAUAUUACGCCGCCGAAAACCAGCCUGGUGGUCAAAAUAUAACUACGUGCUAUCUGCUGCACUUGACUGUGGGGUUGCAAUAUCGACUGUCAUCAUCUUCUUCUGCAUCACUCUUCCAGCGGGCUCUUUGGACUGGUGGGGCAAUACUGUGUACAGCAACACUGCCGAUGGCAAAGGUACUCCAUAUAAAAAUCUACCAGCCCGCGGAUAUUUCGGACCUACAAAGGGGGCGUGGUCUUGA